AUGACUCAACGUGCAUACGCAGCACCCGUGUGGGUUGUAUGCGACCAACUUGUCGGAAAGCUGGCGUGGCUGAAUGACACGAGUAUUGAAGAUGAGCAGCAAGCAGCAGCUCAGUUUAGUGCCAUCGACUCGCCCAUCCAGCGCACCAAGAAGGAACUGUACAAGGAUCAAAACAUGUCGACAGCCUUCGACUUGAGCGAUCAGCUACUGGAGGAUAAGGCGAUGGCGAGGAAUCUCAUGCUAGAUGUCUUGAUUGAAGAGUUGAGCUUCAACCUGACCGUCAGUAUGAUGCACAACCGCCUACUAACUGACAUGGCCAACACGACCGUUAAACUCACCACCGAGUAA